AUGUGCGACUAUGACUCCUGCAAAGCCUCUUUUGGACUGACUGGACAAGCCAAAGCAGUGCAGUUGGCCUCUGGGACUCCUCUGUCCUCCUUUCCCACAGUAUGGGUCCCAUGGGGCGCUGUGGUGACGUCAGGACAGAGGUACAGCCGGAGAGGUUGCGGGUUCACUUCCUGUCUGUCAGGGCAGAGUUGGGCAGUGUCCAAAGCCAUGUGGCUCAUGCUGCAGCAGGAGGAGCCGGAGGACUUCGUCAUUUCAACUGGGGAGGUGCACAGUGUCAGGGAGUUUGUGGAACGUGCCUUUUCUCACAUCGGGAAGACCAUUGUCUGGGAGGGAAAAGAUGAGCAGGAAAUUGGCCGAUGUCAGGAGACCGGAGUGGUGCAUAUCAAAGUCGACCCUAAAUUCUUCCGUCCCGUUGAAGUGGACUUCCUGCAGGGAGACAGCACCAAAGCCUACGAGAGAUUCGGUUGGAAGCCGCGGGUCACAUUUGAGGCCCUGGUGAAGGAGAUGGUUGAGUCUGACAUGGAGCUGAUGAAAAACAACCCGAACGCCUGA